AUGAUAUUCGUCGCAUCUCGUCGUAGUCUUAGUACAAGCCCGAUGCCUCCACCAUUGCCACGUCAUCAGCCCCCAUCAGUUGUAGUACCAAAGUUCUCAUCAACUACUCGUCGUGUGCCAGCAUGGUGCAACAUGACAAGCGAUGAGCGACAGGAGCACAAAAAGCAACUUGAGGAAUUGCGGCUCCGUGAGCACAUGAAAGACGAAGAGCGGCGACAAAGACGACAGGAUCCCGGGAAGCAGCUGUUGCUCACCUCCUCCUGCGGUCCUUUCUCUUCGCAUGCACCCGCACCGCGAGUCAUCGUUUUUGAAUGCGAAGGAGAAGAGAAAAAGAGCAUUCAGCAACUGAUCGGUGGUGGCUCUCAUCAUCACAAUAAUUUGCUUGUCCUAAAUCAAAUGCCCACUCGACUUGACAUUGUUGGAAAUUUGAAGUUCUCCAGCUCCACUGACGAUGGAGCAAUGGAGGAGGAGAGCGGUGACGUUACCGCGUGUUUCGUUCUUCCCUCACCAUCUAGUUUCUCGAAAUUAACCAUUUUGGACACAGAACAAGAUGAGGAGGAGUAUUUGUCCAGUAAAGAGCUACAACCGGCUACCAAAAUCGUCUAG